GCGCCGGCCUCACGUUGCACAAAUGUGUCAAGCGCCCCGAGAAGGAUGACGGUCAGGCUACGUGACUGGGACGUCAUUUGAAAUAUAGAUUUUCCUUCUAGUAUGACCUGACGAAAAUAUUUAUUUUUCUGUUUGGAUGUUGAAGCUGAAUCGAACGUGUUGUCGAAAAAGAACUUAAGGCAGACCCUUGCAGCCAACAUUCGUCUACGAUUGAAUGAGGACUCAUUAUUGUCACCACAUGGACCUCAUUCCCUCUGUUGAACAUAUGAAGACCCUUACUGAUCACUAUAACUGGACAAAUUUCUAUUGAUGUGUGACCAAAGUGUGGAGAUGCCUGGGGGUGGCAAUGGCCCAGAUGGGGAAGAGCCUGCAUUAUCGUCAGCCACAGGUGAAGGUGGAAGAGAAGAGAGGGUGGUGUCAGGGCAGCAGGGCGGAGGGGAACAGUCGGGGGGCCUCAGGGGAGAGGAGAGCCGAGUGUCAGGUGGAGAAGUGGGGCAGGAAGAUGAGGAGAUGACUAGUGGUUCGAAUGACCUCUCUUCCUCGGCCAAUGACAGCCCAGGGAGCGCCACUGGAUCCACCUCAGUUUCUACCAAGAGCAGCAAUCAUGCAGAUGGUUGCAGAGGGCAGGCCCACAAAGACAUGAUGAUCACUGUGGCUGAGAUGAAGAAGAGGCUUCCGUCAGCCAAACGCAGUCGCAGCAAAGCCAGCACUGUGGAGGCCUUACAUUAUGCACUCAACUGUGUCAAACAAGUGCAAGCCAAUAGUGAAUACUACAAACUGCUGAUGAGAAAUGGCCAGGAUGAGAGGAGAGACUCCACCGUUUGCUCCCUGGAAGAGUUGGAAAGAGUCACCUCUGAACACACUCUUAAAAACACGGACUCCUUCGUGGUGGUUUUCUCCCUGUCGAGUGGCCGCGUGCUGUACGCGUCGGAGCAGGCUCCCAGCAUCCUGUGCUGCAAACGGAAGUUCCUGGAGUCGGCCAAGUUCGUGGAGCUGCUCUUCCACAAAGAUGUGAAUGUCUUCUAUGCGCACACGGCUCAGCCGCACCUCCCACCCUGGAGCAACUCGCACACAGCAGGGGUUCUGUUUGACUGUGCACAGGUCAAGUCGUUUUUCUGCAGAAUCAGGGGUGGGAAGGACCGUGAGGGAGAGAUGCGUUACAACCCAUUCCGGAUCACACCUUACCUGCUGAAGGUGCAGGGAACAGGAGCAAGUGGGGAGGAGGAGCACCCGUGCUCCCUGGCGCUGGCUGAACGCAUAACCUCUGGAUAUGAAGCACCUCGGAUCCCCAUGGACAAGCGCAUCUUCACCACCACACACUCCCCUGGCUGUGUGUUUCUGGAAGUAGAUGAUAGGGCUGUGCCGUUGCUUGGAUACCUUCCUCAGGAUCUGAUUAGCACGUCGUUGCUGACUUCCAUCCAUCCAGAGGACCGGCCCCUCAUGCUGUCUAUGCACCGGAAAGUGUUGAAGCAUGCUGGCCAGCCGCCAUUCGAGCACUCUCCGGUGCGUCUGCGCUGUCAGAGUGGAGACUACAUCACCUUGGACACCAGCUGGUCCAGCUUCAUCAACCCAUGGAGCCGCAAGGUGGCCUUUAUCAUCGGACGGCAUAAAGUCAGGACGAGUCCGCUGAAUGAGGAUGUGUUUGCUGCUCGGACUAAGGAGGAUUUUCCAGUCACUUAUGAGGAAAUAAAAGAUCUGCAAACAAAGAUCUAUAAGCUUUUCCUGCAGCCGGUCCACAACAAUGGCUCCAGCGGUUACGGCAGUCUGGGAAGUAACGGAUCUCAUGAGCAUUACAUCAGUGUAGCUUCUUCAAGUGACAGCAAUGGAAACCUAUGGGAGGACUCACAUCGGGAACCGAUGACUCUGCAGCAGAUCUAUGCUGAUGUGGACAGAGUGAAGAGUUGGGGUCAGCAGGCUUAUCUCAAUUCCAGCCACAAAAUGUCUCUUCUUGGCAAACCUGCCACAGCACGUCUGCCUCCCACAGCCUCAAACCCUGAGGUCAGAGAUCAUGAAGAAAGCAGGAAGCGAACACACAUUCCCUCCUAUCAGCAAAUCAACUGUGUGGACAACAUCAUCAGAUAUUUGGAGAGCUGCACGGGUCCAGCGCUUAAGCGUAAGAGUGAAUCUCGUUCGCUGGCCACCUCUUCUUCCUCAUCCUUAACCUCGGAAGACGACAAGCCAGCACGAGCCGCAGACCCAGCUCAGGCCAACUCAGAUGUGGUGGUGUUGGACAGUGAGCAGUCAGUUGGCCCUACGGCUGCAGCUGUAGUGGGUGCACCUCUGACAGACAUCACAAUGUCCAACAAGGCCAUGAGCGUGGUCUCGGUCACCAGCCAGUGUUCAUACAGCAGCACCAUCGUGCACGUGCCACAGCCUGAGUCAGAGGCCACAGCACCUGAGGACGCACCAAUGGGCAGUGAGCCUGCUGAUCCCACUCCAACCCCUGUCCGUCCAGCCUGGAGCCCCGCCACAGAGGAGCGAAGGUUUUUAGGUCUCACCAAGGAGGUGCUGUCAGCUCAUACCCAGAAGGAGGAGCAAGAGUAUGUUGAUCGCUUCCGCAAUCGGAUCUGCCAGAGCCCCUACAGCUCCUACCUGCAGCUGGACAACAGCUCAAUGGCUCACUCCCACCACCCAGGUGAUUACCUACGUCCAUUGAGUGGCGGUGGUCGGAACAACUCUCGCAGAGGAAAGCCCAGAUAUAAGCGCGCCAAACCCCAGGGUUCCUCAGACAGCUAUGCCUCCCCACCUGGCCCUCCUCGCUGUGUCCCUGUCUCUUCCUGGCCCUCUUCAGAGUCCUCUCAGCCCCAAAUGGGGGCACCCUUCAGCCAAACAUCCCCACUCCAGACGUCAUUUUUCCCUAUGAUGGCAACUCAGCCUGGCCCAGAGAAACCAACCGGACUACAACAGUUCCCCGGAGCGACUCCUGUAGUGCUGCGGCCUUCAGACCAAACCCAGCUCGGCCACAACUUCAACAUCAUGCAUUCUACUCAGAGUCUGUCAGCCAUGCAGCCAAUACAGAUGGAGCCCAUUCAGAACAUGCAGAAUAUGCAGAACCUUCACACAAUGCAGCCUAUAGCUCCAGCCCAAAGCAUCAACCCUUACAUGACUCCGGUCAUGGCCGUCAUCUUGCCCAACUACCCAACUUUCACUGCGGAUUACCCGUCCAUGUACCCACUGCCUGGUACCUCCAUGCUGCCCCAGGCGCCCAUCACCAUGACAGGCUUUACCCCUGGCUGUAUCCCCUUCCCGCAGCCUCAGUUCCAAGCCCAGCCUGUCCCCCACACUCUGUCCUCCCCCGGCCCCUUGCUUUGCUCUCCCAGACCCAGCUCCUCUGUUGGAGAGGAGGAGGAGGCAGCUGGUCCUGGGGCUUUAUUCUCCAGCUCUCGCUCGAGUUCUCCCCUGCAGCUUAACUUGCUGCAGGAGGAGCUACCCAAGCCAAGCGAAGGGCAGAGCAGCACCGGGCACAACCUCGCCGAGAGCCUCCACGAAAAACAUGCUAACGAGGGUGAUGCACCCAGUGAGUCUGGGAACCAUGAUGCCCAUUCUACAUCCAGUGAGCUGCUUGACCUGCUGCUGCAGGAGGACGCCAGGUCAGGGACCGGCUCCAACACCUCAGGAUCUGGAUCAGGGGAGUCUGGAGGCUCGUUGGGAUCAGGAUCUGGUUCUGGAUCUGGAACUUUCUCCAAUGGAACCUCAACCUCUCACACAGGCAGCAGCAACAGCAGGAAAUACUUUGCCAGCAAUGAUUCGUCAGACACGUCACGCAAAGCCCGAAAGAGCCAGGAGGCACCACCCGAGCACCAACAAGGCUUUGAGACUGGAGUGGAGAGCUCGCUGUGGAGCAUGAUCCAGCACACACCUGAGCGAGUCAUGAUGACGUACCAGAUCCACACCAGGGACCAGAAGGAGGUGCUGACAGGGGAUAGGGAGAAGCUCCGGGUGCUUCAGCCCCUCCAGCCCUGGUUCAAUAAGGAGCAGAGAGAAGAGCUGGCUGAGGUCCAUCCCUGGAUCCAACAGCACACCAUCCCACAGGAGAUUGAUACACAGGGUUGUGUGACCUGCAGUUCAGGACCUGGGGUCACCCACAACCCUCACCCACCUGCCCCAGAUAGCUCAUCCCCUCUGGACAGUCCGCAGCAGGACUCCAUCGGACCUGUGGUGGACACUUGAAACACCUGGAACCCAAAACAACCACCCGGUUUCAAAGCCAACCAGCCCUGCCAGAGACUCACCCAGAAAGUCCCACAAUGCAUCUUUUCUGACGAGUGGGUCCAUUUUUGUUUAGGUUGAAGUUUAACUUGUUAUGUUAAUGUAAUGGGAGGCUGGACCGAGCCGUGAGGACCGGACCAGGAGAGAAAGGCGUUCUCACUGGCAUUUUCUCGAAGUCGGCCUUCAAAACUGUGACUGCCUUUAUCGCACCAUACAUUUUUUGCUUCUCUCCUUUUUCGUUUUCAUAGAGCCCCUGUUGGGGUUUAGUUUGUAUUCAAGACUGAUCAGGUCCUUUGGCACCAUGAGCCGCUUGAUGCCCGGUAUAGGAAGAGGGUCGUACUGUUGCUGAACAUGAGCACUAUGUACUCACACCCAGUCCGUUGGACGGCUGCGUCUGGGCGACGAGACAAAGACAGUGCUGGCCCAGUUUGAGAACCAGAACACACGGCAGAUUCCUCUGCAGUGACAAGGAGCGCAGGUUGUACAAUACGUGUACCACAUCAACUCCUUCAGUGACACAGUAAUUUGCCAUGGAUUACACAUGGUAGAUUAUUUUCCCCCUGAUGGGCACCAAGACAAAGACACAUUUGUUGCUCUCUGUUUACAAUGUUCAGAUUCGAAUCUCGUAUGUUAAUUGUUAUUUUCCAGAAGUUGUUCUUCUCUUGUUUAGAGCAUCAUUUUUUAUGUUACUCUGAGUCACAAACAACAGCGACCAUGUUGAUAGUUACAAAUUUACUUUAGUACAACAGCAUAAAUCCACCCGUGUUACUUCAAAGGUCUUGUAGCGGGUUCUUUCUCUACCCAGCAUCCUCCCUGCUCAUCGCCCUGCAGUACCUGUAGCUUACCUUGAAUUGUAACCAGACACAGCAUAGCCCCGGAUUCCCCCCGAUCCUUGGUUCUGAAUUAAUUUCCCCUUAGACUGUGAGUCUGUGUAAACGAGAGAGGGAUUGACUUACUCUUUGUAGUUCGAUUCAGGGUCGCAGGUGAGCUCGUGAAUGUGUGUGUGCGCAUGUGCGUGUGCACUCAGACUGAUUGCAUAGCUGCUUCCUCUGACACACUUGUCCAGGAGAGCAGGACAGACCAGGGUUUUCUACCGUUUUUAGAUUCAAAGUAUAUUAGCCAACCAUGUAUUUUAUAGAAAAUGUACACAACACAAACUUCACAAAGUGUAUAAGAAGCCAUUUGUCUUGAUUUCAGGGACUGUUUGUUUGUGACACAAAGGAAUGAAUAAAUGAACUAUGAUCUAAUAUGUA